CAGUGUGAGGAACAUUUCACACAAUGUGGCUCUUCGUCCUCGUCCUCCUGUCCCCCGUUACCACGGUUACUGCUGUGACCGGCUGCCACAGUGACCGGGACAAGGACGACCGGCCGAGGCAGAACUGCACGGCGGCCGGUUUCAGCAGCAUCCCGGCGGGAAUCGAACGCUCAACCAAGGUCCUGCUGUUUCCCAGGAACCUGUUCACCAGCCUGUCCUGGUCCUCCUUCCAGGUCUUUGAGGCAAUCUAUGAGAUCGACCUCACAGACAACAAGGUUCCAGAGGUGACCCCCAGGGUUUCUCCAACCCUGCCCACCCUCAGCGUCCUCCGACUGGGGUGGAACCGUCUGAAGUCUCUCCCCGCCGACUCCUUCUCCGCGUGUCCUGCUCUGACCGAACUCUACCUCGACAACAACAAUAUCGAGUCCCUGAGCAACCACACCUUCUCCGGACUCAGCAAACUGGAGAUCCUGGAGCUGUCGUCUAAUCGAAUCAAAUUGCUUCCAGAACUCAUGCUCCACCCCCUUCCUGCCAUAGAAACUCUCUUCCUGGAGUCCAACAAGAUCAAAGUGAUGCCAGACAAUUGGUUCGAAAAAAAGGAGGAGGUGCCAUAUCUCUACCUGUCGAUCAAUCCCUGGGCCUGUUCCUGUUCCCUCAGUUACUUCCACCAAUAUCUUGGGGAUCACGAACUCAACUUCUACGUUCGCGAUGGACCAAACAUCAGGAGCGACGCGGAGAGCGUGGUGUGCGACUCUCCACCAUUUCUUAAGGAUAAUUCGUUAGUGAAUCUGGAAGAAUCUGACCUGUGUCCAGAGGAAGGGACACUUCCUACUUCUCCCCCCACUACUCCUCCUACUACUCCUACUACUUCUACACCUACGACUACUAUUCCGACUACUCCCCCUCUCCCUCCUACUACUACUCCUACUACUAUUCCUACUACUACACCUCUGAUUACUAUUCCGACUACUCCCCCUCUCCCUCCUACUACUCCUACUACUACUAUUCCUACUACUACACCUCUGACUACUCCCCCUCCUACUACUCCUCCUACUACACCGCCGACUACUCCCCCUACUACUACUCUUCCUACUGCUCCUGCGUCUACAUUUGUAUCCUCGGUGGACCACCCAGUCUUCACAUGGUCCUGGUAUGAAACCUUCACCAGGUUCUUUGAAUGGUCAGGACAUUCGGAGGACGAGCGCAGGAUCGAUGGGUCAAACGUCUUGCACACUUCCACAUCUCAUCCCUCAUGGAGUUCUGCUGCGAUGUCAACUACUGCCUCCCGAAAACCCGCAACAACCACGCCGGCUCUGUCGGCCAUACCAUCGACAACUCCCAUGACUCCCGGCAGCACCUCACGCACGAUCCCCGAACCUGCUCGAGUUAGCUCAGUCGGCGCUGCCGCGUUGUACUGCUGUUGGCUUUUUGCGGCGUGCGUUCUGCUGUGCGCGGCGUCAGCGGCGUGCGCGUUAGCAACUGUGGCCAGGUUGCUGUUCUGGUACCGGAGAGCGUACAAGCCUUUGACUUUGGUGCUGGCGAGAAGGCGGAGAGACGGCAGGGGAGUGAGGCUGUCAACGUUCAAAAACGGGGGAGAAAAGACGGUGUCAGGAGGAGGGGGAGGAGGAGUGGCGGCGUUAUAUCGCUCUGUCCUGUUCGUCCACAGAGGAGGAGAAACUACAGAGAGGGAGGACGGAGUGAGGGAAGGUGAGGGGGGAGGAGGGACGGUUAAGGUUGAGCCAACAGAGGAGGUGAGGAGGGGGGAGAGGGGUGUGUAUAGGAACACCCUGCUCCGCCUGGUCAGCAAGGAGGAGGCAAUAACCAGAUGGAGAGAUGUGACGGAGGAGCAAGACUGUGUCUCUGCAGGAGAUGGAGGGAGGAGCAGAGGAGGUGUGUCCAGGAAGCGCUACAGCGUAAUUCUGAGGGAGGAGAGGGGGGAGGCAGAAGGAGGGAGGGGGGAGGUGGAAUGGGUGGUUGGUGGGUGGGAGGUGAAAGGAGGAGGAGACGGUGCAAGAGAGGAGGAGCAAAGGAGCAGCUGGGGGGAGUGGCUAACGCAGUACUUACCAAGCAUGCCGUGGGGAGUGACCACGCCCCCUGAGGGGGAGGCGGCCCAGUGAUGUCACCUUCGACCUUCUUCGUGGGUGAAAUUUUGUAAAAAGUGCAUUCAUGGUGAAUUGUUAAAUAAACACGGCCAUGCCCCUUUUGGGAGGAGUCUCAACGUCAUAUGGCGUUUGCGAUGUUGCUUAUUUUUCAUGCAAGUUAAAACACGUAAACCUGAGCGACCCACUGCAAAUGUCUUUGACUCUUUACUGAAUGUGAUUUAGAUUGCAUGAAAAAUUUGCAGCACGUUCACAACAUCGUUAAUUUAGGUGUAAAAGUACGCAGUUACACAAAACAACACACAUUUUGUUGCUUAGCAUCUGCUCGCACAUGGCGCAGCUUUACUCACGCUGUUAUGUCAUUUUCUUCUUUUUUCUUUCACCUGCACGCUUCAGUGUAUUAUUCACAGCAAUUUCCAAAGUCAAAGCUUCAGAACAAACAAAUGUGUCUGAUUUUGUUUUUUAAAUUUGACUGUUAUAAAUGCAAAGUCUCUAUUUAACCAGUAAAUGAACAAUAAACAAAAGUAGAUCAUUA